UGUUGUCUUGACUGGAGAAGAUAGUGAGCAUUUGUGAUACUAGAAGAAUCGAAACCGUGCUUUUAAACACCUCUAAACUAGUGCAACCUUGGCUAAAGGAUAUAUCCGACACCUGCGUGAUGGCGAGGAAGAAGAGCAAACAGCAAGGAGUCGGGAGCAAGGAGCUAGUGCCCGGACAACAGAGCAUACCGAAGAGCCCCGUCUCUCCCGGAGAUACAGCUGGCGGUGGUGGCGGAGAUGCAGGGCUGGAUAGACUGGCGGCCAGGGCGAAUCAGCCAAUGCACACCUGCUGCCUCCUGUGUCACCGUGAGUUUAAGGACUGGGGGGCGAGCUCUGCCAACGGUCUGCCUGGGGGCCACGGGGCGAAGCUAGCUGACGCUGUCCCAGCCCUGUCCCAGGCCCUGCUCAGAGAGGUGCCGGGCCGGAAGCUAUCCGACACCGUGCCUUCGCUGAGCCAGUCUCUACUGGGAGAGGUGCCGCUCUGGAUCUGCCAGAGCUGCCGGAAGAGCGUCGAGGAGGAGGAGAGACGGAGCGCACAGGAAACGCCUGCACCGGUUCCGUUGUCCCACUCGUCGUCGUGUAAGGCUCAGAGUUGUGGUGAAGGUUACCCAGAGCAGAGCUCCGUAGACUGGGACCCAUCUUCCUUCCUCUCAGCCCACAAGCUUUCUGGUCUCUGGAACUCGGCUCACAGCAACGGAGGGAUCCACUGUAACCACAGCACUGCCUCGCACGCACAGCAAGGAACAGGGGGACCAGCGUGUCACGAGAAGCGAGUCUCUCACGAGGCUCCUGGGAAAUCUGCUAAAACGCCUGGGGCCAAGGUGUGCCCCUACAGUCACCCUUCCCAGAAUUCCAGUGGUUCGUCCCCCGGGAACCCGCUCUCUACCUCCGGGGACCUCUGUAAGACCACCCCAAAGCAUUUCAAAACCAUGUGCCGACGACCAACUCCGCCUGGCGAAGCAUUCCACCCCAGCGACCACCACCAACACUCAGACCUGUCUGUCCCCCCCAACAGCCCCACUGGCCUCUCCUCCUCCUCUCAGCAUUCCUCUCCCCUGCCCCUCAAGCAGAGCUCCGGAGGGCAGCAGCACGGCCAUGUCACAUCCUCCUCCUCUCCCGGUCUAGCUGCUCACGCUCCCUUCUCCCCGCUGGUACCAAACCUCCACGUCCCCGCGGCAGGGGCCAAGCUGGGGGCCCUGGGUGGCCCUGACUGCCCAACAGGGGCCCUCCAUAAGCCCUUGGCAUGUAAGAACUCACACAUUCCUCCUGUGAACGGUCAGCACAGCAAACUGGGCCCCUCCCUGAUGGGCUGUAACCACCCAUGCAAUGGCCACAGUGGAGGGGCACUGCCCUCUUCCAACGUGGGACACCUGACCGCUGGGCAACACCUGACCGCUGGGCAACACCUGACCGCUGGGCAACACCUGACCGCUGGAGCAUGCAGGGACCAGGCGUGUAAAGGACAUAAGCUGUCUAACGGGGCGGGGGGGUUGUGUCACCCCCCUUCGGAGCUGGAGGAGGGAGAGGACGAGGACUCUAGUUCGGAGAGGAGCUCCUGUGCUUCCUCCUCAAACAACCAGAAGGAUGGGAAGUACUGUGACUGCUGCUACUGUGAGUUCUUCGGACACAACGCGCCCCCGGCCGCUCCGACCAGCCGUAACUACACAGAGAUCCGUGAGAAGCUCCGGUCCCGUCUGACGCGUCGUAAGGAGGAGUGUCUUCCCCAGAGACGGGACUCUGACCCGUCCGUGUCCACCUCCAUCGACCACCGAGACGUGGACGAGCUGUUGGACUUCAUCAACUCCUCAGAGCACAAACCAGCCAACAGCGCUAAGGCUGCCAAGCGGGCACGUCAUAAACAGAAGAAGAAGGAGAAGCAGAGCCAGGCAGGUAGUGGUGAUUGUGAGGGAGCUGGUAGCGACCCCCCUUCAACCCCUCCAGAGCCCAGUGAGGACCCAGACCACUUCAGCCAGGAGGAGGAGGAGGAGGAGGAGGAGGAGGAUGUGGACGGGGAGGACGGUGAAGGCCCGGAGGCUAGUCGGCUGCUGGAGUGGCCCCAGCUGGAACUAGAGAGGGUCAACUCCUUCCUGACUUCUCGGCUAGAGGAGAUCAAGAACACCAUCAAG